AUGAGGUACCUGUUGAAGCUGGUUGUGAUUCUGUUCUGCGUCCAGAGGGGAGAAAGUCGCUGGCUGAGAUCACUGAUGGGUAAGUUCUGCCUGAGAUGACCUUUGACCUUUUGGCUAACACAUCUUUAUGCCAAAUUGAAGCAGUAAUUAUAUAAUAUCGUUGAUGGUGGUCAUUGAAGCCUUGAAAUCCCCCAAACUUGUCUAGCUCAGUUUCACCGUUAAAAAAAAAUUAAAAAAAAUUUGGCCCUUCUGGAUGGUCUGAAUCACACGUGGUGGUUUUUACAGUUCUUGCUCUCUUAAAUGGUAAAACUGAGUGGAAGGAUUGUGUGCGGUCUUCUCUUUUUAAAGUUUGAAUUUGAGGCGGUUGGGUGUGCAAAUAUCUCCUUUAACGUUUAUUUGUGUUUGUGUCAAUUUUGGUGCCCCCUGUGGACAAAACAGUCUUUGCUUGUGUUGUCCUUGAAGUUCUUAAAGUAUUGUCUCCAAGAAUCUCAUCCUGCUGACUUUUUACAGUUCAAUGGAUCAAUUAUCGUGACUAUUUUAUGUGAAAAUCAUAAAAACAGGGCUCUUUCUUUUUCUGGCAGACACCUACCUCCUUAUACUGAUUUAUGGCAUGAACAAAAUUCGAGUAAAACCUGUCAGUCUGGUCACAUAUGGCUUUGUUAGUGUUUGUAUGUAGUAAAAAGCAUAAGUAUGAAUUUCAGCCUGUUUCAUAUGCAUCUAAAAAGGUCUAAAAAUUCUAAUAGAUAUGAUUUUUAGCUUUUGUUGAGUUUGUACAGUCUAGUGUUUUGAGUAGAUUAGAUUUCCAUGCUACUAUCCCAGUAUUCAAAUGUUUAUUUUCUGUGUCUGUGAUGAUUUACAGCCAAGAGUUUGAACAAAAGCUGUGUAAAUGUGGGCUGGAUUCAUCAUUGAAGUGCUCUCAACUACCGCACAUACUUUUUCAACACCAGAUGUAGAGAUAAUUUUCUGUCUUUUGCAGAUCAGAAACCAGAAAUAAGAUCUUGGGGAACAUCAGCAAAUGCGGAGAAGACAAGCACAGAUCCAGCUGCAGAGGACGGCCAAACAGAAGCUUCUGGAGCUGAACCAUCACCUCCUCGCAUGAUCCGCUCUCGCCGCUCCACUUUUGACUCUCAGUGUGGCCUGCGCUCCAUUUUGCUGCAGGUCCGGGACCUCGGGCUAGGCUACGAUUCGGACGAGACCGUCCUCUUUAAGUACUGCAGUGGGACGUGCCCCCAUGCUCGCUCCAACCACGACCUCACCCUCACCAACCUGCUGCUGAGUGGGAUGCUCCCCCAGCCGGCACCAGGAGAGCUGUGGCACAAUGCGCCCUGCUGCAGGCCCACCCACCAUGAGGAUAUGGCCUUCCUGGACAACUCUCAUCGCUGGCACAAGGUGGAGAAGCUGUCAGCUGCAGGCUGCAGCUGUGUGGGAUAG